CAUAGAUUCAUUAUUUCUCGUUUCAUAUAAAUAUAUAUAUUCUCAAAUUAUUAUUUCUGCCGUAUAGAAAUGAUAUCUUCGACACACGUUUUAUAUGACGAUAAACCAAACUAGCUCUCAUUUCCCUCUAUUUAAUUUCUUCAUAUUUAUUUCAUCAUCGCCAUGGGAGAAGCUCAGGAACUGCACCCUCAAAUCAAUGCUCUGAAAGCCGAAGCAGAAGUAGCAGAAGCAGAAAGCUCACCGGAAAUCAAGAAGAAAUCCUUGGUGACACAGUACAAAUGGUGGCUGGAAAUGCUCAUCUACUCAUUCUUCGUCCUCGCCGGCCAGACCGUCGGAACAAUCCUCGGCAGAUUGUACUACGACAGCGGCGGCAAAAGCAAUUGGAUGGCAACAUUAGUCCAAGUCGUCGGAUUCCCCGUCCUAAUCCCCUUUCAGUUCUUCACCACCGCCGCCGCCGUCGACGGCGACAGCACGAGCAGACGCCGUCCGAUGAUCCUGGCGGCGUUCUACGUGGCGAUCGGAGUGUUUCUGGCCGUCGAUUGCAUGCUCUACUCGAUCGGGAUCCGAUACCUCCCGGUCACCACCUACACGCUGAUCUGCGCGAGCCAAUUAGGGUUCAACGCCGUCUUCUCCCUCUUCCUCAACCGCCAGAAAUUCACCCCUUACAUCAUCAAUUCCCUAGUCCUACUCACCGUCUCCUCCACGCUCCUCGUAUUCGAGCCCGAUUCCGGCGGCGCCACCAACACCUCCAAGCGGAAGUACGUCAUCGGCUUCGUCUGCACCCUCGCCGCCUCCGCCGGCUACGCGAUGAUGCUCUCGCUCACGCAGGUGGCGUUCCAGAAGAUAAUUAAAAAGGAGUCGACCCGGGCGAUAGUCGACAUGAAUCUGUACCAGAAUAUGGUGGCGACGCUGGUGCUCCUGAUCGGCCUCUUCGCCGGCGGAGACUGGCGGCGGCUGAACGGGGAGAUGGAGGGUUACAAAACGGGGAAGGUGUCCUACGUGAUGAAUCUGUUUUGGACGGCUGUUUCGUGGCAGGUGUUUGGAGUUGGAUGUAUCGGUUUGAUCUUCAAAGUUUCGUCCUUGUUUUCGAAUGUGAUCAGCAUCUUGGGGCUGCCGGCGGCGCCGGUGAUGGCCGUGAUCUUCCUGGGAGACCGGCUGACCGGGCUGAAGGCGGUGUCGAUGCUGCUGGCGAUGUGGGGGUUCGUCUCCUACAUCUACCAGCAUUAUCUUGAUGAUUUGAAGAUGAAGGAGAUUGCCAGAACAAAUGUUGUUGAUGCUGCUGUGCAGCUUCCACUUGUUGAUGAAAGUGAAAGAGGCGGAUCUGCUGCUGCGUCUUAGAUGGUAUUUUUUUUUUUUUUUUUUUGGAGAUUGAUGCAAAAUUAUGUGCAAUUUGCAGAAUUCUUUAUAUAAUUUUGUGUCUAAUUAUGUAUUUCCUACCAAAAUUUAGCCCAAAAAUUGUCUCAUCUCAUAUGCAUGGUUUACUACUUUACAUCACAGGUUAUAUAUUGUCCACAAGAAAGAUAUUCUUAUAAGCAUAAAUUGUCUCCCUCUACGAAAAAGAGUCAUAUUUAUUUUCAUUUUUUUGUCUACAUAAAAA